AGACAACUUUACAUACGUCAUUAUUUUGCAUGGAGAACAAGAUGCUCAGGAUGGCUGCUUGUUUGGCACUGAUUUUUUCAAGUGUGUGUGUGGGUGAGGAAAUCUUACCCCUUGGGCCCCUGAGUGGCGCUGUAGCGGGCACAGUGAAGUUCACCACCACCCUCAGUCCUCCUGGGAGUCCAUUCCUCCUGGUCAUCUGGAGCUUCAAAGAGGUGAAUAUCAUCACCUUCACCACCACCAAUGUCACUGAGCCUGGAUAUGUCAACAGGAUCUCUUUAGACCAUACCACGGGAGGCCUGGAGCUCAGGAACCUGGUGCUGGAGGACAGCGGGGAGUACACAGUCACCAUCACACAGGACGGAGGGCAGCAGAAACAGGGCAAGACAACACUGAAUGUGUAUGCACUGAUAACCGGAGCCACCAUCCAAACCCCCGCAGCCAUUUUAAUAGAAGACAAAAGCUCCACCAACCUCAGCUGCGAGGCGUCCGGGUCCAUCAGCACCAGAGUUUGGAUGAAGGAUGGCCAGCUGCUCGAAAAGAGUGGCAGAGUCAGUUUCUCAACAGACAACAGGACGGUGUUCGUGCAACCUGUUCACAGUUCCAGCCACGGCACCUACCAGUGUCGAGUCAGCAACCCAGUCAGCACCAUGACUGCAGCCCGCUAUCUCUCUGUGAACUUUGGUCCACAUAACAUAUCAAUUAGUGGACCUUCUUCAGCAGCCCUUGGCCAGAGAGUGACACUGCAGUGCACAGCCAACUCUGUCCCACCAGCAAACUUCAGCUGGAAAUUCAACGGCAAUGAGACACAUGUUAAUAACUCCAUCUACAUCAUAGAGAGGUUGGAGGCAGAAAGCAUCGGGAAUUACACCUGCACAUCCAGAAAUAUGGUGACCAUGCUGGAAAACUCUACAGUUCUGCAUCUGAGAGCAUCCUGCGCUGCCCCCUGCUGGUCAUUUGUACUGAUGCUGAUAAGUGCGCUGACUCUGAGAGAGUUAAUGUAAGAGAAAGUGGCAUGGUGAGAUUAACGUUUGUAUCUGUCAUCUUUUUCAUAUUAAACUUCCCUUAAAUCUAUUCGUCAUAUAAACUUGCACUGCAUUAUUUUUUUUCUCAGAUUCUCUUUCCUGGUGCAUUUUGCUCAUAACGGAAGACGUUGAUUAAAAUCAAUAAAAAUGUG